GUACGUUACAGCAAUGUCUCAAUCAAACAACGUUCUCACGAACAGAUUUAUUAAACGUCUUAGUGCAAUGUACGUUGCGGUAUUUUUGUCCAAAUGAAGGAUGGUACCCAUGAUUUUACCCGCCAUCGGCCGGGAAUAUUGUAAUUGUGUGCAGUUUUUUUAUAGGUGAGAUGUAAGAAGUUGAGGUCAAUAUGGCACAGAAAAAUACACUUUUUAAUUAUUUUACGAAGUCUCCCAUACAAUCGAAAUUACAGAAUGGAGGUUCACUUCAAACAAACGAUAAUUUUUUGGGAAAAGCUGGCGCAGCUACCCCUUCAUCAGCAAGCAAGAAAGGCACUAAAAAGACACCAGCAAAGAAAGGUAGUAAGAAAAUCGUUGAAACAGCAACUUCAGUAACACAUGGCAAGGAACAGAAUAAAGGAAAAGAGUUUGGUGUUUAUGAUAUAGUUUGGUCAAAGUUAGAUGGAUAUCCUUGGUGGCCAAGUUUGGUCUGUAAUCAUCCCAGAUUGAAAACUCAUGUUAAAGAAAAUGACAUUCAUGUUCAGUUCUUUGAUGAUCCACCUACAAGAGCAUGGAUCCACAAGAAGUAUGUGGAGAUGUAUCUAGAUGGAAUGAAGAAGCUAGCUCCAAUUAAAGACAAAGACAAAUGGAGAACAGCCUGUAACCAGGCUGAUUCUGCUUUAAAGCUUUCAAAUUUGGAGCGCAGUGAACUCAUUGUUGAUUAUCCUGAUGAUUCAGCUAGUGACACAGAAUGUGAAGAUGAAGAAGAAGCUGAAGGUGUGAACAAGAAGGACCAAGAAGUUGCUCAAGAAGAUCCAAGUCCUCCACUGAAGAAGAGACGGAUCCUUGUACUGGAUAGCGAGGAUUCAGAGGAUGAAUACAAACCAAAAAAGGAAGAGCUUGAUGUGCUGUCAGAGUCUGCAAGUUCUGGUAUCGAAUCUGAUGAAGUAUCAGGCAUCGAAAGUGUUGAAGGAUCUGAAGAGGGAACUCCUGUAAAGGUAAAUAAACGAAAACGAUCUUCAUGUAGUAAAUCAUCGAAGAAGAGUAAAAGUGUUGAUCUAAAUUCAACACCAUCAAAUGAAGUCAGCAAGGAAACAAGAGCAAAGUUGGCUGUAUUUCCUUCUGAAGAGAAUUCUGCUGUAAAAAGGAAUGACCUUGAAAUCUUCUCUUCACCUUCCCAGACAGUUAAGGAUGGAACAAAAGUGAAAUUAGCAUUAUUUUCAUCCAAGGAGAACACAGAAGCUAAACAAGCUGAAACUGUAAGUUCAGAACCAUGGCCUCAUUUGAAGCUUGAUUUUUUGAAACCAAAUAAAAUUCGUGAUGCUAAGAGACGAACUCCUGCAGAUCCUGAUUAUGAUCCCAAGACACUCUUUGUACCUGAAGAAUUUAAAAGGAAUCUGACUCCUGCACUGAGACAGUGGUGGGAGAUGAAGUCCCAGCACUUUGAUUGUAUUCUGUUCUUCAAACUUGGGAAAUUUUAUGAACUGUACCACAUGGAUGCUGUGACAGGUGUGAACGAGCUUGGAUUGCAGUACAUGAAGGGAGAUAAUGCACAUUCUGGAUUUCCUGAAAUAGCCUAUGGGAGAUUUUCCAGUAGCCUUAUAGAGAAAGGCUACAAAGUGGCUCGUGUUGAGCAGACAGAGACACCGGACAUGAUGGGGGAGCGCUGUAAAGGAAUGGCAAAAGUUAGCAAAUUUGAUAAAGUAGUGAAAAGAGAAAUAUGCCAGAUCACAGCAAAAGGGACAAGAGUCUUCAGUGUUAUUGAUGGAGGUGUAAGUGAUGCAGAAAAUAAUUAUCUUCUUGCUCUCACUGAAAAGUAUACAGGGGAUUGUAUCUCAUACGGAAUAUGUUUUAUUGACACAUCAAUUGGGGUAUUUCAUUUAGGACAGUUUGUUGAUGACAGACACUCUUCACGUCUGAGGACUCUGUUUGCCCACCAUCCUCCUGUGCAGGUAUUGUAUGAGAAGAGAGCUUUGUCAGAAAAGACUUUGCAGUUGCUUAAUUCAUCAUUAGCUUCAGUACUAAAAGAAUCCCUUGCUUCUGAAACUGAAUUCUGGAAUUCUCACAAGACACUGACAACAUUGGCAGAAGGGGGUUAUUUCUCCUCAGAAUCUUCAGGAGUGAAGUGGCCAGAGACACUGAAGCAAUUUUUGAAUGAAGCUGAUACCUUGGGACUCACUGCCCAUGAUGAGUAUGAAUUAGCUGUGAGGGCACUUGGUGCUUGCGCUUGGUAUCUGAAGGAAAGUUAUUUGGAUCAGCAGCUGUUGUCCAUGGGAAGGUUUGAACUGUACCAGCCACAAGAUCUGGCAGGUACCAAGGAACCUGCUGCAACUGUUGUCCCUAUACCAUCCUUCAGCAGGCACAUGGUUUUGGAUGGCAUAACACUUCACAAUUUGAGCAUUCUUGAAGAUCAUUCUGGAGAAAAUGAUGGAACUUUACUGCAGAAACUGGACCUUUGCUGCACACCAUUUGGAAAGAGGUUAUUGCGUCAUUGGCUGUGCAGUCCCCUGUGUGACAUAGCUGGCAUUACAGCUCGACAAGAGGCUAUCACUUGGCUACUGAAGAAUCCUUCACUGAUUUCUGAAGCUAGAGACAUGCUUAGUCAGCUGCCAGAUUUAGAGAGGCUGCUUAGCAAGAUUCACACACAGGGAAAUGCAUUAAGAAGCAAAUCACAUCCAGAUAGCCGAGCAAUUUUCUUUGAGGACCGUAUAUACUCAAAAAGGAAAAUUCUAGACUUCAUAUCAACUUUGGCAGGUUUCAAGUCUGCAGAGAAGAUAGUUUCAUUAUUUCAAGAUGAACAUGUAACAUUGAGUUCAAAGUUGUUGGUGCAGUGUACUAGUAAUAAGCAGCAGAAUCCAGCUGGGUCAUUUCCUAAUCUGACAGAAGCUCUUCAUUUUUUUGAGACUGCAUUUGAUCAUGAAGAGGCCAAGGAGUCUGGUCGUAUCAACCCAAGUAAAGGUGUUGAUCCAGAAUAUGAUUCUGUGGUAGAAGAAUUACAGGAAUUAAAAACUGAUUUAGAUGAAUACCUCAACAGCCAAAAGAAGUAUUUUGGAUGUAAGGUGACUUAUUGUGGAUCUGACAAGAAGAGAUUCCAGCUUGAAGUUCCUGAUUCAUUUACCAAGAAAGCUGGAAAAGGUUAUGAAUUGCAGGGACAAAGAAAAGGAUUCAAGAAGUACUGGACUUCAGAAACUAAGAAUUUGCUGUCUCGUCAAAUUGCUGCAGAAGAACAUGAGAAAAAUGUUUUAAAAGAUCUGAAUCGCAGGAUAUUUGCUAGAUUUAGUUCAGACUAUGAAAUAUGGAAUGCAGCAGUACAGUGUCUGUCUGUGUUGGAUGUUCUCCUGUCUCUUGCUGAAUAUGCUCGCAGUGAAGGUGGUGAAACUUGCAUACCAGAGUUUGUUAUAUCAUCAGGAGAAAUGAAGCCCUUUUUGAAGAUCACAGAUGGUCGCCAUCCUUGUGUUUCAUCAAUAGAUGGAUUCAUUCCAAAUGAUACUGUGAUUGGAUGUGGAGAAGAUGAAGCUAGUCUGGUUCUAGUAACUGGACCAAAUAUGGGAGGAAAGUCUACUCUUAUGCGGCAAGUUGGGCUUCUGGUUGUAAUGGCACAUAUGGGUUGCCAUGUCCCAGCUGCAGUGUGUCAGCUCAGCCCUGUAGAUCGCGUAUUCACUCGUCUGGGUGCAAAUGAUAACAUCAUGGCAGGAGAGAGCACUUUUUAUGUGGAGUUGAGUGAGACUGCAGCAGUUUUGCAUCAUGCAACAAAACAUUCCCUUGUUUUGGUAGAUGAACUGGGACGUGGUACAUCGACAUAUGAUGGUACUGCAAUUGCUGCAUCUGUUGUGCAGGAAUUGGGUAAUUUGGGAUGCCGAACGUUGUUUUCUACACAUUACCACACCUUGGUAGAAGACUUCAGACAUUCACUAAAUAUCACAUUGGGCCAUAUGGCAUGCAUGGUGGAAAAUGAGAAUGAAGAAGAUCUGUCAGAGGAAACUGUGACUUUCCUUUAUAAGUUUGCAUCUGGUGCUUGUCCAAAGUCUUAUGGUUUUAAUGCUGCUCGUCUUGCUGGAAUUCCAUCUGGUAUCAUUCACACAGGCUACAACAAAGCUGUCCAACUUGAGAAAGAAGGGGAUAAAAGAAAAUUGUUCCAGCAUUUAUUCGGUAAAAAACAGAAGCCAUUAGAUAUAGCUUCACUUAUAGAACAGGUUCGGAUAACACUUUGAAUAUCCUUUGAUAUGCAAGAAUAUUGUUUUCUUAACAUCUUUAUAUUUUAGAUUAAACACUUUUCUUUUUCAUUUACAGCUGUAUAAUUGUAAGUUACAGAAGGAAUUGUGAAUGGUCUUCAAGUGUGCCAUUCAUUAAUUUCAAAAAAAAAAAAUCAUACAAGUGUAAAGAUAUUUCUAGAUUGAACCACUCACAUCCAUUGUCCUCCCAGACAUACUUUAAACAGGUACUUCAUCAUUCUGUAUAAUUAUUUAAUACUCAUACAAUUCAUAUUAUUUAGUGAAGUGUGCUAUGUCAGGUUGAAUAAUUCAUUGUUCCUUCUGUUACCAUAUUCAUAUACAGAAAAAAUGUCUUAUUAAAUCAGUAUUUGUUGUCUGUAUAUUUAUUUUUACAUGAUAUCUGGUAAUCUUUGUUAAGUAAUUGGAGAAUAGUACAAAUAAUGUCAAGCAUUUACACUAUAUUGAUAUACCACAGAGAUGACGAUAAGAAUAUAUUAUUUUUGUGAGUGUUUAAAAUUAUGAAAUGAAAAAGUUA